AUGCCGACCCGCUGCUGCCUUGGCGUCCUGACCCUUCGCCUGUCCGCUGGCACCGUCGGAGGGCCUGUCACCAUUAGCAGCGGCGUCAGGCCUGGGCAGGGUGGCCUCACCGCGGGAUGCGCAUUGGUGAAGCCUAGCACACCUACUGGGCAGGAAAGGUCUCCUGCGCGACAGCCGCAGACUCAACGGGUGUUUUGCCCGGUCCCAGCAUGUCCUUGCUCUGACCCAGCUCGGGCCCGGGGCUGGGCCACAGUCGCAACGAUGAAGUCCCACAUCGAUGCACACCUUGCCGGCUCCUUGCAAGGGGAUGUGCCCACUGCUCGGGCCGCUGCAGUUGACGCUGCCAUCCCAAUGGACACUGACGGCUUGCAACUCCCAUCCCUUUCAGCCAUUCAAGCUGCCAAGACUGCCACCAUCCGGCACGUCCCCAGUGCCGCUCGCCAUGCGUGGGCCCAGGUCGUGACUCGGGCCUUGGCUGCUGCCGCCCAUCGCAAUGAUGACAAAGUUUGGCGUGAGCUUUGCAUGCUCCCCAAGUGUGUCCUUUGCGCCCCCCACCGUGGCGGCAGGCAACAUCGAAAAGCCACUGCUGCAUACACCUUGGACCGCUUGCAUCGGUGGCAGGCUCUGGCCAUUGGCUUGGCCCGUGAGGGCUUCGACCGCAAGGCUUGCGCAGCUCUUCUCUCCAAAGGGCUGUGCCCACCAACCGCCGCAACUGCUGAGGCGUUCCGAGCCCUUCAUCCACAACAGCCUCCUCCCACGGCGGUUGGCAUGAAUGAUCUCCCUGUCGCACCAGAGAUUGCGCCAGAAGCCGUCGCGCGAUGCCUCCGGGCUUUUCCCCCUGAAACUGCGACCGGGCCUAGUGGGCUCCGCGUUCAGCACCUGAAGGAUGCUAAUGUGGCCGGUGGCAGUGAUGCUUUCCUUUCCCAGCUCAUUGCUGUUGUGAACCUGCUGGCUCAAGGAAGAGCCCCAGAAUUCCUGGCCCCAAUCCUGGCGGGCGCUGGGCUUGUAGCCCUCCCGCCGUGGGGGAGUGCUGAAAAAGCAAUUCUCACGGUGCGCGCUUGUGUUGCCCUUCGGCUGGUUGAAGCGCGGGCCGCUACCAUUGGGCUCCGCCUCAAUCUUGCCAAAUCUGAGCUGAUUGCUGUUGGUCGCUUGGACAUCGAUAGCUUUAUCCACUCCUACACAGUGGAACGGGCCGCCAAAGCCGGCGACUUGCUUGACGCUUUGGGUGAGCUGGAAGACCCCCCAAGUUGGAUUGCGGCUUCUGCAACCUUGCGCUGGCUUCGCACGCAUGCUCCACAGCAUGCUGCUUUGGGAUUGGGCCAUGGAGGCUUAGGCCUUCGUUCCACUUCGGCUUACGCCUCUGUUGCCUUCCUGGCAUCCUGGGCAUCCGCCCUCCAGGCUGGGGCUGCGCUUGAUGCGAUCUUCUGGUCCAAUGAGGCUAAAUCUUGCCCGGAAAUUGCUGUGGCCCUGGCUUGCUUUAAUUCGACACUCGAGCCUGAAACUUAUAUCGCUUUGGACGAUGUUCUCUCUAGCAAACAACACGCCACGUCCCAGCGGCUGGACCAUGCUGGCUGGCAGGAAUAA